AUGGGUCCAGUGGCAUUCAACUCGUCGGAGCCUUCUGAGUCGAAUGGUCACUUCACUUUCUUGAUUGGAGGUCUGCAGAUAAGGUUUAUGGGUUUGGACAUAAUUGAGGAGUACUUCAAUCAGAUUUUGACAGUUGUGCUUGAGGUGCUGGAUGAUUCAGAUUCCUCAAUAAGAGAGCUUGCUCUUUCAUUGACUGUUGAAAUGCUUAGAAACCAGAAAGAUGCCAUGGGAAAUUCAGUUGAGAUUGUUAUUGAAAAGUUGCUUUGUGUUACUAACGAUAUUGAUCCCAAGGUCUCAAAUGAAGCAGAGCACUGCGUGACCAUUGUUUUAUCUCAGGACGAUCCAUUCAGAUGUUUAAGUGUUAUUGUUCCUCUACUGGUUACCGAGGAUGAGAAAACUCUUGUCACUUGCAUAAAUUGCUUGACAAAGCUUGUAGGCCGGCUAUCUCAGGAGGAACUGAUAGCUCAGUUACCAUCAUUUCUGCCUGCUUUGUUUGAAGCUUUUGGAAACCAUAGUGCGGAUGUUCGGAAGACUGUUGUUUUCUGUCUAGUGGAUAUUUAUAUCAUGCUUGGGGAAGAAUUCUUGCCAUAUUUGCAAGGGCUUAACAGCACACAAUUGAAGUUGGUCACCAUUUAUGCUAAUCGAAUCUCACAGGCCAGGACAGGAAGAUCCAUUGAUGCCACUCACGAUUAGAAGGUUCAUUGGGAAGAAAAUUUAUGGGUUUUGGGUGUUUUCUUAUUCAUUGUUGUGUAUUUUUUUGAGGUGGGUUUUCAUUGUGUUUCCUUCCUCGCCUUUGUCUUAUAUUUUUUAUAUUCCUUUUUUCCCUGCCGAUGAAUGUUGGAUUUGGAGAGUGCUGGUGGUGGAAUACAGUGCGCUAAUUGUAAUCUGGAAACAUUAUAGUAAAUGGUUUUCGAGA